UUCAUUCAAACAAAUUUCAAAUUUCGUAUUAAUUAUUUAUUUAUUAAUUAAUGCUAACAAAUCUCUAUUAAUUUUAUUUUUCUAUUUUCUAUAACGUACCGUCUCCCUCGUUUGUAUAUAUACACGCGUCUAUACUUUAAUACAAACAAAACCAAAGAAAACGAACCUCUCCCCUCUCUCCUUCGUCUGCUAUGGCUGCUGAUGUGAGUACUCUGUUUAGGGCUUUGAGUGGAUACAAGGAUGAUCGGACGGUUGCUAAUGAAUCUGUUGGUGGAAAAUCCACGGCUUUGAUUACCCGAGACUUGCUUGGUGGUAGCGGUGUUGAUGGUUAUGCUUCUACAAUUAAGGAUGAUUCUCAAGAAUUGGACCUCGAUUUGCAAGUGCCUACUGGCUGGGAAAAGCGUCUGGAUUUGAAGUCUGGAAAGGUUUAUUUACAAAGAUGCAAUUCUUCAAAUUCACCUUCGUCGUCCUCCGAUCAAAGACACAAGAUUACCAAUCAAACAGUGUCAAAGCUUCAAGAUUUGAAUUUCCCGCCAUCGCCUUCGAAGAUCACCCUUAAUCUUUUUGAUGAGAGUAACUUAGAAUUGAAGUUAGUCUCAUCACCAUCAUCAUCAACAUCAUCAGGCAAAUAUUUGAGUGUGCACACACUCGAUAAAGUAAAAUCAGCACUUGAAAGAGCAGAGAAAGAACCAAUUAGGAAACGAUCAACAACGCUGUGGAAAUCCCGGUUAUCACCAUCAUAUUCUUCAUCAUCUUCUUCCAUGAAAGAUCUUCCAGAUGAUGAAGAUGAAGAAAAACUUACAUCUUCACCAGUGGCUGCAGGUUGUCCAGGUUGCUUAUCAUAUGUAUUGAUAAUGAAAAAUAAUCCGAAAUGUCCUAGGUGCAGUACUGUUGUUCCGUUGCCAAUGGCAAAGAAGCCUCGAAUCGAUCUCAAUAUUUCAAUUUGAGAUUGAUCAAGAUUUGAUAUUUGUGAUUUUGUAAAUGAUAGAUGGAAUUUAGAGGCUCAGAGAAAUAGAAGUGUAGGUCAAAAGAAGAGAAAAAAUUGGAAAAAGAAAAUUAUGGUUUUUUAUUUUAUUUUUUUAACUUUUGAAUUCCCAUAUUCUAUCUUAUUCUGUUGA